AUGACUCUCAAAGACAAUUGCGAUUACAAGCAUAAGGGCCCAUGGAGACUCAAUGAAUCUCUGUUGACAGAUCAGCUUUUUACAACCCAAAUCGAAAAAGCCAUCAUGGAAUUUUUCACACUUAAUGACACAGGAGAUGCGACAGCAAGAACAAUAUGGCAGGGACACAAGGCGGUAAUAAGAGGCAUACUAAUCAGGCGAGCAGCACACUUGCAACAAACAAGCCAAGCCCAAUGGCUGACCUGGGACACACGAGUAGCAGACCUCAAAAAUAAAAUUAACCCGACAGCAGCAAUGCAGAAAAACAUUAAUGAAAUUGCGAACAAAAUAAAAAUAUGCAUGAUACAGCGAGUGGGUUUCAACCUUUGCAAACUUAAAGCCACAUACUACAC